AUGGAUAGCAUCAAUGAAAAUCCUGUGCGCCUCCAGCUCGACACAGCAUCAGACAUCAACCUCAUCCCCAAACGCACUUGGCACGUUAUUGGACAGCCCCCGGUGAUUACAUCGAACAAAAAGUCAAUGAACGUUUCUGGCGGAUUCCUCCAGCUCACAGGUGCGCUCAAAUGUGACGUUUCCUUUAAUGGCACUCAAUUCAGAGGAACAUGCUACCUAAACAACCGUCCGAAGCUUGACUUAAUUGGUCUUGACUGGAUUGAGAAACUCGGUCUCCUGUGUUAA